GUUUACCUAUAUUGAAAAUAAUCAAUCAGCGCUGUCCAUAAACAAUUGAAUUGAACAGUGUGAUCCAUCACAUCAUAAGUGAACAAGUUGGAUUUACUGUCACAACUAAUAAAACUAUCAGGACUACAAAAUCUUAAUUGUUUUAAUAUAAAAUUUUCCCUGGAAUUCUGAAUAUGAAUAAGUAUAAAAUAUUGGAACCUGAACCCAUCGACGAGGGGAAUUCUUACAGGACAUGGUUAGCCAAGAAUCUGAAAAAGGAUGAAAAAGUCGCAAUUAAAAUUCUGAAGAAGAAUUUCUACAGUUUAGAGGAAUGCAAACGUCACAAGGAGGUUCAGAAUCUACAGUCCCUGAACCACAAAAAUGUCCUGAAGAUGUUGGAACUGAUAAAUGAUCGUAACGAACUACUGAUGGUGUUUGAAUACAUGCCGGAAAAUGUCAAAAGAGUCAUGCAAAACAGGGGCAGUCCCUACUCGGAAACGGAAACCAAGAUUAUAAUGCAACAAGUGUUCCAAGGUUUAUCGCACGUGCACGGCAUGGGGUUUAUUCACCGGAAUCUGCGGCCUGAGAUUCUACUCUGCGACAAGGAAGUGACAAUAGUCAAGAUAUCUGACUUUUCAAUGGCCAAGUCAGUUCUAGAUCCUUUGGGGGAAUAUGUCGUCUCCCCACUCUGGUACAUGUCUCCAGAGGUGUUGCUAGGGGCGACCGAUUACACGAACAAAGUUGACAUGUGGGCCGCCGGCUGUAUCAUGGCAGAGCUUCUAACAGGUAAACCACUUCUGCCGGGAACGUCGGACCGUGACCAGAUGAAACUUAUAUGCGAGCUGAUUGGAAAUUUUACUACGCGACAGUGGCAAGACGGAGCGAUGUUACGGCGAUCUCUCGGAUACAGUCUCCCGGCAAGCAACACAGGUAAAGGACUUGGUGAAGCCGGUGUCCAGGCUAGCAGUGAUGCCAAGGGUCUUAUUAUGGACCUCCUAAACUGGGCACCAAACCAGAGGACGUCCGCCGAACUGGCAUUACGGCGCGACGUUUUUAAGUCGGAUGGAGAGUUUAUAAACAAAGACGAAAGUCAGGAAAUCCUGAAUACUACAGAAAUACAACUGAAAGAAUGGAGUAAGAAGUGGGAGGCAGAUUUGAAUCGAGGAUCUAUCGAAGAACUGGACAGUAUUUUGGCGGGAAUCUACAGGAGACAACCGUAUAGAGACAGAAACAACACCCGCAACAAAUUUGCUGGUUUUGAGAAAAGUAAUCCGCUUUUAGGUGACAGCACGCCACGGGAUAAACGGAGUCAACCUGAGACAAACGGCACUGUUAAUGUGCAAACGAUUGACGAUCCUUUCCGAAUGUAUCGUCCAAAAGCGAUCAGCGAACCUGUUAGAACAUAUCCAAUAGAUGCCCAGUCCCCGGAUAAAAUUCCUCAUAUGAAUCCGUUUGAAGAAGAACUGCAGUCACGUGAAGAGAAACGAUCCAGGCAAAGUACACACAACGUGGCACCUUUUGCCGCAGAUGGUCAAAUAUCGCCGCAGCGUGAACCACUCAUUGGCGCGGAUGGUCAGAUGUCACCGCGGCGGAGCAAUGUAUCCCCAAGACGUAAAAUUAAUGAUCAGCUGGGACAGUUAGGCGAAGGGCCUGACAAAAAUCAAAUUGAACAAGAGCAAAAAGAGAAAAGAUUGAAAGCUGAACAACUCAAAAGGACAAACCCUGUAAAAUACAGGACUAUUUAUGGAUCUGCCAGAGGUAUUUUUGGUGCAGGCUCACCACAGCCUGGUGGGAGAAGUGGCCCAAUGCGUUCAAAACAAGUGGGUUCUGAAACAAACCGAGAUGAUGAUCAGAAACCUCCAGUGCGGACCAGACAACAGUAUGGCGGCGAUGAUGAAAACAACAUGCAGACCAACAUGCAAAACGGGUUAACAAGAGCUUCAUACAAUGACCCGAUGACUCAAAGAAAGCCCCCGCCUUUACACAAAAUGACCAGUUUUGAGAGGUUCGCAGCCAUAGACCACACAGCCAGGUCCGAGAAGAUGAAAUGUCAGAACCCGACUAAAUACAAGGAUAAAUAUGGGGAUCCAUUUAUGAGUGACUUACUUGGCAAGAAGCCAGCACCAAACCCGAGGACCCAAAGUUCACAACUACAACAGAACUACAGCAAUGGAGGUGAUGGCGGUGAUCAAGGGCUUCAGAACAGCGGUCAGUACACGCCGAGCUGGGCUGAUAAUAAUCAAAUAAGGACACAUUAACUGAACAACGAAAACGCUUUAUACAUGUGAUAUAAAAACAGUGCAUGUGGAUAUCAGGCAGUCUGGAAAUAAAAAUAACUCCGCUGAAGAAAGCCACUCAGUUUAAGUGAUUAUUUACGUAUUACCUGCAAUAUUAGAAUCGAUUAGCUGAAUAAAUUACAGGAAAACCUCUCCAGAGCGGCCCUCUCUUAAGAAAAAACUCUAACACCACCAUCAAAAUUUCCCUAAGCUGAAAUAUACUAUCAAAUUUACUUCUCCAGAACAACAACCUCUGUAUAACAGUCAAUAUUUGUUUCUCCCAAAGAGUGUUGCUCUACAGAGGUUGCACUGUAUGAUAAUAAUUACAGGUCGGCACUUUGGCAUAAUCUAGCAACUCAUUGACAACACGCAGAAUUACUAGACCAGAGAUACAGUUGAAAUUUGAUAUCUCAAACUCGCUCAUCUCAAAAUUCCGGCUAUCUCGAACACAUUUUAAAAAGUUCCGUUCCGAACUCACGUUAACUAUACAUGUCUAUCAUUAUGGGUCAAAUUUCGGUUAUAUAAUCUCGAAGUGAAACACUUGAUUACAUGCAUUUGUUUAGCGUGUAAUUUCAGAAGAACUUAUCCCGUCGCUCUUUUAAACGGAUCUACAAGAAGAAAAUUCAUAUCCUUAUGUACUUUUACAAACUUUUAUGCACGUUUUUCGUUGGUAACAUUUCUUUUUUCAACAUAUAAAUAAAAGGAACAUUUUCUGCUUGAACAAUAUCUUACAUUUUCCCUGUAUUUCGCUAAAGUUUCGACAGGGAACAGCCACAAUAUAUGCUCAUAUUUCAUAUUCAAUUAGUUUUAAUUUCGUUUGAUAUAAAUAUUGAUCUUUUAUAAUUUAUUGUUGUAUCUUAUAUGUAUUAUUCUCCUGGUAAGACAUGUCUGUGAUUCUACUGUAUGUUUAAAUGUUAUGAUGCUCUGCCUGUAUGUUGAUGAGAGAAUUUUAUAUCUAUUUGAUAUUUUAGAAUAAAUCUAU